AUGGGUCUGGGGGCAGCUGUCUAUCAAUCGGGGUUAGCUCAGGAAGUAAUUCUGGAUUGUAAUAAUGAUAAUAAUAAUAAUAAUAAUCGUGAUGAUGAUGAUAAUGAUAAUAAUAAUAAUGAUGAUGAUGAUGAUGAUGAUGAUGAUGAUGAUGAUGAUGAUGAUGAUGAUGAUGAUGAUGAUGAUGAUGAUGAUGAUGAUGUUAAUGGUAAUGGUGACGAUAAUGCAGCUGGAGAGGGAGUUGAGAUGGGGAAGGUUGGAAGAGGCGGAUGGACAGACGCACUUCCGUGA